UAUUUUCGUUAAAAUUAAUUAUAUGAUAUAUUAUGAUAUUGAAAGUAUCAUAGAAGUGUGAGCAUUAAUGUUGUACUGAAGUGAUUGGAACUGAUUUUGGGAGCUCCGAAUCUGAAGAGAGCCACACUCACAUUUGCCCAAACCUGUCAUAUAAAGGCACACACCACCGCCAUUACCCUUUGCUCCGCCGUCGCCGCACCUCGCCGGGUUUUGGCUUUUCCAUUAGUAUUGAUCCUAUUCUUUGUCUCUGUUGAGCAAAAUGCAAUUCUUUGGGAGUUCUGAGAUCAGUCCAUCACCGCCUGCGCCGACAGCUUCAGGAAACAAUGGCCAUAUGAUGUAUGUGUUCAAUAGGAAUGGUGUGUGCUUGCUCUACAGGGAGUGGAAUCGCCCCUUGCGGACGUUGAAUGCCCAGCAAGACCAUAAGUUAAUGUUUGGUCUGCUUUUCUCUCUUAAGUCAUUAACUGCCAAGAUGGACCCCACUAGUGCUGAGAAAGGAAACCUUGGUGUGCCUCAGUUACCUGGCCAAGGUUGUUCAUUUCACAGUUUCCGCACUAAUACAUACAAACUUAGUUUCAUGGAAAGUCCUUCUGGAAUAAAGAUUAUCUUGGUGACUCAUCCCAGAACUGGUGAUCUACGGGAAUCCUUAAAAUAUAUCUAUAAUUUGUAUGUUGAAUAUGUUGUCAAGAAUCCUCUGUAUACACCAGGAUCUCCUAUUAGGUGUGAGCUGUUCAAUACAACGUUGGACCAGUAUGUGAGAGGCAUUGCGUAGAAGCUGAGUGGCUUCCAUUCAACAUUGUUGAUGACAUGUUGUGGUAUAACGCCUUGUUUUGAUGGUGGUCACUGCAUUUCCAGUUAGAAACACUUGGGAUAGUCGCCAUGUGGUUCAUGUUGUUUCCUAUAUUGUUACGGCAUUGGAGGGUCUUAUUAAGUUGAUAGAUAGUUGAUAAGAUUUUGUUGCCCAGAAUCUAAACCAAACGAGCCCUAACUUUUUUGUUGUCGCCACCUUGCAUAUGUAUGGCUAACUCAUUUUGGUUUAUGUGGAUUGUACUGAACAUAUUCUUUUAUCAUGUGUAAUUAGAGUUAUUCUGGUAGAAAUUCUGUGGGAAAAUCUUGGCAGUUAACAUUUUUCUGCUUAUCUUUGGAUCUUCAUCAAUUAUUUCAAUUAACUGUUGUGUU